GUGUAUAUAUAAAUAUAUCUUUUGAUUCGGGCAUUUUUUCACAGCAUCAAACUGCUGAAAACUCAUCACCCAACAAUGGGUUCCUUGCAUGGAGAAUUAACAAACGGAUCACAGUUCUAUCAGAACGUCGUUGUCAUGAGGCACGGCGAUAGAAUUGACAACUUCGAGCCUCUGUGGACUUCGAAGGCGGAGCGGCCGUGGGAUCCGCCGCUUGUGGAAGCUGGAAAGAUUCGGGCAUAUUGCAGGGGUCAAAGUCUCCGGAACCAGCUCGGAUUCCCUAUCCACCGGGUCUUCGUCUCCCCAUUCCUCCGGUGUCUUCAGACCGCCGCUGAAGUUGUCUUCGCUUUAUGCGCCAUCGAGGGAUGCCGCGAUGAUCCCAAUGAUUUGAAUUCCAACGGCAUCGUUAUUGAUCCAUCCAAAGUUAAGGUGUCAAUUGAAUAUGGAUUGUGUGAGAUGAUGAACUUGGUUGCCAUUAGACCGAAUGUGGCUCCAAAAGAUGGGGUUUUCGAUUUCAAUCUUUCACAAUGUGAAGCUGUUUUACCUGCUGGAACCAUUGACCAUGCUGCAGAACAAUUGCACAAGCAGUUGCCAAAAUGGCAAGAGACACGGGAAGGUGCUGGGGCUCGAUAUCGAGAGGUCAUCAAGGCUCUUGCUGAUAAAUAUCCUUCGGAGAACUUGUUGCUAGUGACUCAUGGUGAAGGAGUUGGGGUUGCUGUUUGUGGAUUCAUGGAGGAGGUCGAGAAAGUACGUGAACUCGAGUAUUGUGCUUACUCACACUCGAGGAGACCUAUCGUUUUUGGUGAAAAUGAGUCAUUUACAGCGGGAGAUCUGAUUGGAUUACACGAAGGUCAAGUAGGUAUUACUUAUAUCACUUGUGACUCAAAUGUAGUAUCCAAUGAUUCUCCAAAGAAAACAAACAUCACAUAGAUUGAUGUUCCAAUGUUGCUCUAUUCAUUCUUGUUUUUGUUGGCUAAGAAAAGUUUAUGCUAGGAUCUGUAUUUUGGGAUUGAACACUUUGAAUACAGACAUAAUGAUCUUGUAAUAAUUUGAAUUAAGUGUGUAAGUUUGUUUACUUA